UGCCGCAUGACGGUCGUUAAGCACGUUCCGUUAAAAGACGUAUUUCCCGGAAUACCAUCCGCGAUAACGUCGGCCCUCCGAUACACCGACGGUAAUCUGUACUUCUUCGCUAAACGUCAAUUCUACGCGUUCAACGAAUUCUCGAACCUAAUUCUCGUGACCUUGGCGGGUCCCUUCGACCUUCGCGUUCUCGGCGUCGAAUGCCCCACGAACGGGUUACUGCAGCAAUUGCGGAUCUUCUCAGCCGCGUCUAUCGCCUCGACGUCGCGACUGAUAGAUCCGACGAGGACGACGAUAGCGACUUCCCGCAUACUCUUUAAGAAUAGAGUACAAAGGCGCGAAAAAGAAGGGGCGAUUUCGACUCGAAUAUAUAAAGGCCGUUCCGCCGUUAAGCGUCUCAUUACCAACGACGAAGCUCGCGAACGAAACAUUGAACGAAGAUGUACGGGACGAUGGGACCGCCGCCGCAGCAACACUCCUUCGAGGAUCGAUCGAGACUCGCCGAUCGAAACCGCGAGGAUAACGCCGGAUAUUCUAAGAAAGCUCGAACAAAUAACGGGCUAGAUCGCGAUCGGACACCGAGAAACUGCGCGAACGACGCGAUCGCGCGACCUCUUAGAAUCUUGGGAAGACGCUACUCAUUGACGAAAACAGGAUAUAAACAUCUGGAAAUCUGCAUUAACGUCAGUCGACCCUCGUUCGUGGAAAUCGUUCUCGGAGAUAAUCACGGCAAGGAGAUCUCGCUAACGCCGAACACGUGGCAGGAGCUGCUCGAUCUACGAUCCACGCUCGCGUCGUACUUUCAAUCCGACGAGCGCGACGAGACUCGUUCCCCGGCGCCGAUAUACAUCGGUCAAUUGACGCUUCGAUUCGGCAGACUGAACAAUCUCCGAAUUCUCCGUCUCGAGACGCCCAAGACUCGACUGGCUAUGUCGAGAAACACCGUUCUAUACAUAUUGCAUCUAGAACAUUGCGUCAACUGCCUCGUUACGUCCUUGAACUGUUUGACCGCCUACACCGACAACAAGCUGGCUCGUUUUCUCGACGUCGCGGCGAGCGUUCGCGACCCCGCUCUCGUUCCCGCGACGAUACGCGACAGCGAGAGCUUCGACCGCGACGAACUGAUAGACUGCGAGCUACAGGCUCUGUUCUUCGGAUAAUCGUGAUACGUCUAUCCACGCACUCGCUCCUUCGUUACUAAAUACGCCUUUGUACCAUUAUUGUAUCGCAAAAAUUAAAUACGCCUUUGUACCAUUAUUAUAUCGCAAAAAUUAAAUACGCCUUUGUACCAUUAUUAUACCGCAUAAAUCAAACAUGCCUCUGUAUCGUUAACGCAUCGCGAAGAAAUAAAGACUCUCUUUAUUCGAUCUCUCGUCUCUCGAUCUCUCGAUCGCCCUCGUCUAUGCGUCGUCUCGUUCCUCCGCCCGACCUUCUCUCCGAAUCGCGCGCUCUAAGCCGCGCCGAUAGCGAAACCGCGAGCUCGUCCUCGACGCGCGGCGUCGCGCGCAGCUCCAAUAAUACGAGAGUUCUAACCCAGAUCCUUCCAGGGAGGUGCG